CCUCAGAAGUCAGAACAACUCGAUCUUGCAACCAGUGCUUCCACAGCUCCACCAACCAAUUCAGCUCAAAACGAUCCAGGGCAGACGACGCGGCGAGAAAUGGGCUCGUUGCCGGAGCAGCAGCAGGUCGUCUUCCGCUCGACGCUGCCGGACAUCGCCAUCCCGGACCACCUCCCGCUCCACGACUACGUCUUCGAGCGCCUUGCCGAGCGCCGGGACCGCGCCUGCCUCAUCGACGGCGCCACGGGCGAGACGCUCACGGUCGGCGACGUGCACGGCCUGUCCCGGCGCGUGGCGGCGGGGCUCCACUCCCUCGGCGUCCGCCACGGCAGCACCGUGAUGCUGCUCCUCCCCAACUGCGUCGAGUUCGCGCUGGCCUUCCUCGCCGCGUCCCGCCUCGGCGCCGCCACCACCACGGCGAACCCGCUCCACACCCCGCCCGAGAUCGCCAAGCAGGCCCAGGCCUCCCGCGCCACCCUCGUGGUGACCGAGCCGGCGUUCGUCGCCAAGGUGCGGGGCCUCGCGGGCGUCACGGUCGUCGCCACGGGCGACGGCGCCGAGGGCUGCGCCUCGUUCGCCGACCUCGCGGCCGCCGACGACUCGGCGCUGCCCGAGGCGCCCAUCGACGUCGCCAGCGACGUGGUGGCGCUGCCCUACUCGUCGGGCACCACGGGGCUCCCCAAGGGCGUCAUGCUGUCGCACCGCGGGCUGGUCACCAGCGUGGCGCAGCUCGUCGACGGCGACAACCCCAACCUGCACCUCCGGGAGGACGACGUCGUGCUCUGCGUGCUCCCCAUGUUCCACGUCUACUCGCUGCACUCCAUCCUGCUCUGCGGGCUGCGCGCCGGCGCCGCCCUCGUCGUCAUGAAGCGCUUCGACACGGUGAAGAUGAUGGAGCUGGUGGAGCGCCACGGCAUCACCAUCGCGCCGCUCGUGCCGCCCAUCGUCGUCGAGAUGGCCAAGGGCGACGCCAUGGACCGCCACGACCUCUCCUCCGUGCGCAUGGUCAUCUCCGGCGCCGCGCCCAUGGGCAAGGAGCUGCAGGACAUCAUCCACGCCAAGCUCCCCAACGCCGUGCUCGGACAGGGCUAUGGGAUGACAGAGGCGGGUCCGGUGCUGUCGAUGUGCAUGGCGUUCGCCAAGGAGCCGUCGCCGGUGAAGUCCGGCGCCUGCGGCACGGUGGUGAGGAACGCGGAGCUCAAGAUCGUCGACCCGGAGACCGGGCUGUGCCUCGGGCGCAACCAGCCCGGGGAGAUCUGCAUCAGGGGGAGGCAGAUCAUGAAAGGGUACCUCGACAACCCGGCCGCGACGGCGGAGACGGUGGACAAGGACGGGUGGCUGCACACCGGCGACGUCGGGUUCGUGGACGCCGACGACGAGAUCUUCAUCGUGGACCGGCUCAAGGAGCUCAUCAAGUACAAGGGGUUCCAGGUGGCCCCCGCGGAGCUCGAGGCCAUGCUCAUCGCCCACCCCGGCAUCGCCGACGCCGCCGUCGUCCCGAUGAAGGAUGAUGCCAGCGGCGAGGUCCCCGUGGCGUUCGUCGUGCCGUCGUCGGGCGGCGCCGACAUGACCGAGGACGAGAUCAAGCAGUAUGUGGCGAAGCAGGUGGUGUUCUACAAGAGGCUGCAGAAGGUCUUCUUCGUGAGCUCCAUCCCCAAGGCGCCGUCGGGGAAGAUCCUGAGGAAGGACCUGAGGGCGAAACUGGCCGCCGGAUCGUGCUGAUGGUGCUUGAUUAUUUGUGUGAGAAAUAUAUACCCGGUUCGAUUUUUUGUUCUCGUCAUGCUAAUUAAAAUACCACGAAGAGAGUGUGAGCAAGGAUCAAUCAGUCGCCAAUGUGCAUGACAUACUGUGUUUCUGGGGUUCUGGAUAUACUCCAGAUAAUGUAUUCGCACUUUUGUGAAAAAUAUCAGUGAACUGGAAGAAACAGUAUAGUUAAUUUUUCUGGAA